ACCCCUCUCAUAAACUUGUGGCGCUUUCUCGAUCUGUUGGCUUUCUUUCCUUCACCCACUCCCUGUGUAUAUAUAUUAUAUAAAUAUCUUCUUCUUUCAAUUCAUACUUUACCUCAUCAAUUACCAUCUUUCCUGAUUCAGAAAUUUUAAUCUUUCAUCACUCCAAUGUUUUCAAUUCUAAUUAAAUUCCCUUUUUUUUUUUUCCUUCUCUCUUUAUCUCUUGAUUCUUUAAAUUUCUUGCUUUUUUAGAUUUGAUGAUUCUUUAAGUUUAUUACUUUGACCUACCAUUUCUUUUUUAAAUUUCUUCAUUCGAUCGUUAGUUUCCACUUUUAGAAUUUCGAUCUGUAAUUAAGUUUCUUGAAAGGCUAGCCCCCAUCCAGCGAAAAUCCAAAUAUAUAUAUAUAUAUAUAUAUAUGGAGAUGAAAGAGCAACCGAAUCCAGCUCUUCCCGCCGUUCCAAUGCAACUACUAUUUCCAUUGUCAAUCGAAGAGAGUAAAUCCAGGAUUUUAUUGUCUCCCAAAAGAAGAAUGGAGUGCCCUUCUUCUUCAUUCAUGGAAAGCUUGAGUGUUGGUAGUGGUGAGGAGGAAGAUCCGGAUGUGGUUUCCGAUUGUGAAAGCGGGAUUUCGGGUUCGCCAGCCCGGCGUGAAGGUGAAGAUAAAGGCUGUGGUGCAGUUGCAGUGGAAAACGGGUUAAUCAGAGUCCAUGAAGACGAUAGGAUUCAUGAGAUUGUGAGUCAGAAGUUGGUGGCCGGUUUGGGUGAAGUGGGAAAUCAUACUACAAUCGAGGCCAUUCAUAGGAAUGGUUUUCAUAGCUUGACGAAGAAGGCGAAGCUACAGGCUUUCGAGAUUUUCGCGAAAGCCGCGGAGAAAGAGUCGGACGGCAAUGCUAAUGUGCGGUAUGCUUGGUUUGGAGCUUCCAAGGAAGAGAUAAACACCAUUGUUUCUCAGGGUUUUCUUCCUUAUAUGAUUAAUAAUGGAAGCUAUGGCCAUGGCAUCUACCUCUCACCUGACCAUUUUCCUCUUGGAAGUGUGAAAUGUGCAGUGGGCGAUGAGAAUGGUGUACAACACUUAUUGCUUUGCCGCGUGAUACUGGGGAAGAUGGAAGUUGUGGCAUCCGGUUCUGGGCAGUGGCAUCCCAGUAGCCAAGAGUUUGCUUCGGGGGUUGAUGAUUUAGUGUCUCCCAGCAAGUAUAUUGUGUGGAGCAGUAACAUGAAUACUCACAUCUUGCCCCAAUACGUCAUCAGUUUCAGAGUCUGCAGCUCUGGGAUGCAAAGAAAUGCGGCGGCGUUUCCACUUCGGAAACCGACUUCGCCCUGGAUUUCUUUUCCGGCUCUCAUUUCUGCACUGGCUAAAUACUUGCCUCCUCAAACCAUGAAAUUGAUUUCCAAGCACCAUAAGGAUCAUAGAGAGAGGAAAAUCUCAAGACAUGAGAUGAUACAGAAUAUGAGGAAGCUAGCUGGAGAUGAUUUGCUUGCUGCAAUCAUAAAAGCUCACCGGACAAAAUCUCAGUCGGGAAGAAGCUAGGGAUCGGAUUCGAUGAUAGAUGAUGAAAUUAAUUGUGUUUGCCGGCCAUGAUGUAUGUUGUUGAGUUCUUUGAGUCUACCAUGUGAAUAUAGAUUGAUGAAGUCGGAUAGUUCCAAAAAAAAUCAAGUUUUAAGUUUAUUGGAAUCAGAGAGUAGGUACCUCAUAUUCCGCGCAAGUUUAAUUUGGUUAGUAAAAGACAGGUGACUUAGAAUUUAGGGGAAAAAAAAAUUAUUUAGGUCUUUUGUUAGUUUAUUAUAAUUUUGAAUUAAAAUGGCUUUGAAUUUUAUGAUCGAUAUGUUUACUUGAUCAUGAUUUAGGAUGCAA